AUGGACGUGUACAGUCACAUGGCAUCCCCCAGCAUUCCGAAGCUCUUCAGCCCUCUGUCGCACCGACUGAGCGGGGCGCUCACCUCCCCACACCCCUCCCUCUCCUACCGCGGCAAGUCCCCCAUCCUCUCCGCAUCAAGCUACACCCAGCCGCAGCUGCAGCAGGGACUGCUGCCCCCGCACCAGGAGCAGCAGCAGCAGCAGCACUACCAGCAGCAGCAGCAGCACCACCACCACCACCAGCAGCAGCAGAGGAAGAUCUCACCAGACGGUCAGCUCUUGAUAGGCGCCGAUGGGCGUGUAUCCGAGGCUGCGGCGCCUGCUAUCCCGGAGCUAGGCCGGCGCGGCUCUGGAAAAGCAGCAGCGGAAGACGAGGAGGAUGAGGACGAUGACGAGUAUUAUGACGGGGAGGAGGACGGGGAGGAGGAGGAGGAGGAAGAAGACGAAGAGACGUACUACGAGCUGCAGGGCAAGGGGAGUGGGAGUAGUUUCAUCCAGGCGAUGUUCAACGGGGUGAAUAUCCUUGCAGGAGUGGGUGUGCUCUCCACGCCCUACGCGCUCAUGCAGGGGGGAUGGGCGGGGCUGCUGCUUCUGGUGCUGCUGGCGGCGAUCUGCUGUUACACGGGCCUGGUGCUCCGGUUCUGCCUGGAUAGUGAGCCGGGACUGGAGACAUAUCCGGACAUUGGCGAGGCUGCUUUUGGGCAGAUGGGACGCCUGCUGAUAUCGAUCGUGCUCUACGUGGAGUUAUAUGCAUGCUGCGUGGAGUUUCUGAUUCUGGAGGGCGACAAUCUAGGCGCCAUGUUUCCGCAGCUGGGCCUGUCCGUGCUGGGCGUGCACCUGACGUCGCGCCAUCUGUUUGUGCUCGUGUCUGCGCUCUGCAUCCUGCCCACCAUGUACCUGCGCGACCUCAGCCUCCUCUCCUACGUCUCUGCGGGGGGAGUGGUGGCGUCGGUGGUGGUGGUAUCAUCAGUGGCGUGGGUGGGAGUGGCAGAUGUGGGAUUCCACCAGUCGGGUCCGCUGCUCAGCAUAUGGGGCAUGCCCGUCACCAUCGGCCUCUUUGGCUUCUGCUACUCGGGCCAUGCAGUCUUCCCCAACAUCUACAUGUCCAUGCGCAACCGCAAUGAAUUCAACAAAGUGCUCUACUGCAGCUUCAUCCUGUGCACGCUCAUCUAUGGCGGCAUGGCAGUCAUGGGGUUCACCAUGUUUGGGAGUGCGCUGGAGAAUCAGAUCACGCUGAAUCUGCCCCGCCAAUUCAUCGCCUCCAAGAUCGCCAUCUGGACCACUGUGAUGGCGCUGUGUCUCGAGGAGCUACUCCCGCUGGACCCGUACUCCCCGGGCUACCGCCGGGCCUCCCUCGCCAUCCGCACUGCACUUGUUGUCUCCACCGUCGUUGUCGCCCUGCUCGUGCCCUUCUUUGAAGUAGUCGGGCCUCCCUCGCCAUCCGCACUGCACUCGUCGUCUCCCUGCUCCCUCGUGCCCUUCUUUGGUGGUAUUCUUGCGGGAGGUGGUUUUCUUUUGUGA